GGUUAAGCGGAGUCGUGAGAACAAUUUUUCGUGAUGAUGAAUAAUUUCUUGAGCGUUUGCUGACACAGAUUAUUUGUCAUUUUUGUUGACAUGGCAGAGUGGAACCGUAGAAAUGGAACAGGACGGACUGAGGAGAUGUUGGACAGUGAAAAUCAACAAAGAGUGGAAGGACUGGCGGGAAAAAUCUCAAGAUUAAAAGGAAUUGCACUGGAUAUUGAAACAGAAACAAAACAUCAGAAUACAUACAUGGAUGAUCAUAUGGUAGGUGAAUUUGACAGCAGUCAAGGUCUGUUAACAGGAAGUAUGAACAGAAUAAACCACAUGGUCAGUGCAGGAAAAGGGAACAGAAAACUGAUGUGUUACAUCAUCCUUGGACUUAUUAUUCUUUUCUUUUUAUCAUACUAUCUCAUCUCAAAAGUGACAAGUGGAUGAAAGACAACUUUGCCGAUGACUGUUUCUUUAUGUGAUAACAAGAGAGGUGACGAUUUGAAUUCUUGUACAAUUAUGUGUACUUAUAUAAAUCUCAGUACAUAUCAGUAAGUGUCUGCUAAAAAUUGUCCAGUUUUAAAACUUAGGGGUUUGGUUUUACAAGUACCAUUCUAGCAUAAAACUGCGGUUCUUGUCACAUUUUAGGGAUGUUUUAACAAGGGAGGAAACAUAUGUUUAUUGAGAGAUUCUCUUACUUACGUGCUGUUAAAUCACCUUUUUAUAUAUGCGCGUUUCAUGGCAAAGCAUAAAUGUAUUACAGCCCCAAAACGGCAAAGCAUAAAUGUAUUACAGCCUAAAAAUGGAUAAUUCAAGUGGAAAUGACUUCAACGUGAAAAAACAAUGCAGACAUUCCAACACAUUUCCUGGAAAUUUAAUGAUUUUGAGGGACAAUAUAUUCUUUCAUUACUUUUUUAUGCAUUUUAUUCUAGAACAGCAUUAGUGCAUGUUCAUUUUGUGUUAUAACAUCUUCAGAAUCCCUCGGUAAACAUUGGUACCCUCGCCCUAUAGGGCUCAGGCACCAACCAAACCAUCGGAAAUCUGAAGAUGUUGUAAUACGAAAAAACAGGCAUUAUCCCUACAUUCAGUAUGUAUGGCUAUAUAUUGAGAAUACCUUGCAAUUUUAUGAAUUUUGACACCAAAGAGGCUUACUGAAAUAACAAAGGAAAUCCUACAUGAAGAUACUUGUACAAGUAUUUAAUCUAAACCUCUGUGUAUUGUUGUAAAUGUUAAUAAUAAAUUGUGUAUAGUGAUUUGUGGGGUAUUUAUUAACAUCAGUUUUUUUUUUAUAUAUUUCUGUUCAGUUUUGUAAGCAGCUUAUAAAGGGAAUUAUAAGAAUCUUCCAUUGGUUUUAGAUGCAGAUGUGGAUAUUUUGCUUGAGGGUGAUUCUUUGGCAGAUUAUUUAAGUCUUUCUGCAAAAACGUCAUCUGAUAGCAUGUUAUUCAGUCUAUACUUGCAUCCAGUAGUAAAUUCUUUUACUUGCAUACCCUCUUCAACAAAAAAUGAAAUAAUUAAGGUACAGCAAACUAAUUAUGUUGUAUAGUACUAUUCUCUUGUAGUGGUGUAUUUUAACACAGUGCAAGAAAUUAACUCCCAUAAACAGAGGCCUGCAGUAGCAUACAGUUUAGAUUUAACUUUAUCAUUGGUAAGGUAACAUAAAUUAUUUUUUAUGAAACAGCCUUUUCUGAUUUGCAAACUUUACUCUAUUGAACAUAGAGUUAUUAGCUCAUCUGAUUUUUUGAAAAAAAAAGAUGAGUUAUUGUCAUCACUUGAGCGGUUGUCGGCGUCGGCGUCUGUGUCGAUGUUGCCUGGUUAAGUUUUAUGUUUAGGUCAGCUUUUCUCCUAAACUAUCAAAGCUAUUGCUUUGAAACUUGGAAUACUUGUUCACCAUCAUAAGCUGACCCUGUAUAGCAAGAAACAUAACUCCAUCUUGCUUUUUGCAAGAUUUAUGGCCCCUUUUGUACUUAGAAAAUAUCAGAUUUCUUGGUUAAGUUUUAUGUUUAGGUCAACUUUUCUCCUAAACUAUCAAAGCUAUUGCUUUGAAACUUGGAAUACUUGUUGACCAUCAUAAGCAGACCCUGUACAUCAAGAAACAUAACUCCAUCUUGCUUUUUGCAAGAAGUAUUGCCCCUUUUGGACUUAGAAAAUCAGUUUUCUUGGUUAAGUUUUAUGUUUAGGUCAGCUUUUAUCCUAAACUAUCAAAGCUAUUGCUUUAAGACUUGCAACACUUGUUCACCAUCAUAAGCUGACCCUGUACAGCAAGAAACAUAACUCCAUCCUGCUUUUUGCAAGAUUUAUUGCCCCUUUUGGACUUAGAAAAUAUCACAUUUCUUGGUUAAGUUUUAUGUUUAGGUGAACUUUUUCUCUCAAACUAUCAAAGCUAUUGCUUUGAAACUUGCAACACUUGUUCACCAUCAUAAGCUGACCCUGUACAGCAAGCAACAUAACUCCAUCCUGCUUUUUGCAAUAAUUAUUGCCCCUUUUGGACUUAGAAAAUCAUUUUCUUGGUUGAGUAUUAUGUUUAAGUAUACUUUUCUCAUUAACUAUCAAAGCUAUUGCUUUAAAACUUGCAACAGUUUUUCACCAUCAUAAGUGGACACUGUACAUCAAGAAACAUAACUCUAUCCUGCUUUUUGCAAGAAUGAUGGCCGUUUUUAGACUUAGAAAAUCAUCGGUAGGACAAUAUUUCUAUUAUACAAAAAAAAUCAGAUGAGCGUCGGCUCCCACAAGGCGGUGCUCUUGUUUUAUACUUGGAGUUAUGAUGGUGUUUUUUUGCACCCAUGAAAACAUUAGAAGCUCCUAUCCAGUAGGCAAAAAUAUAAGAGUCUGCAGAUUUAAAUAAAUAUGUCGCAGGUUACUGUUUAGACAGUAACAAGGCUUUGCCAAGAUUUCCAUCUGCACCUUCUACCAGUGAUAGAUUCUUAUACUCAGAAAAAAUUAGAAGAAAUGAAAGAAAACAAAUGCUUUUCUUUUAAGCACUAUUUCAUUUUAAUAGUAGUGUAUGAAUUUACGCAUUCAUUCAUAAAUUACAACUAUGAGAGUCAUCUUACGGGUGUAAGACGAGUUUUUCCAGCACUGGAGAAAACACAGGAAAAUCCCGUCUAGUAUGAAAAGAAUAUGAUCUCAAAGUCUGUUAACUGAAUUUUUAGUUCUCAAAUAUAUUAGUGAAUACAAAAUCAAUGUUCUUUUCAUUUUAAGGCAGGUAUUUUAAUUAAUAAGUUAUUCCAUUAAUGUAUUUUCUUCUUGUAAUAUUUCACCAUUUUGAUCUAAAUUCUAACUUACAUAUAUAGCAUAAAGUGCCAUGGCUGUUCUUGGAAUAACUUUUUGUGUUUCUUACCACUUUAAGGUUCAUUAUAUUCAUGGAAAUUACAAUCAUUAUCAUGCUGAUGAAUUGUAUUUUCUCAAACAGUUAAUUUCCAUAGCAUAUCUUUGUAUACCUCCAUCAUAUUGAUGCAUGUUAUAAAAUAUCUUCAAUAGAUCUGUCAUGUUUAUUUUUGUAUGAAACAUGUUGGAUUAGUGUUGCGUUUAAACCUUUACCUUGCUAAAUUUCUAAAAUGAACUGGUCUGUCAUUCAGUUUGGGCCGUACCAUUUAUUAUUUGAAAGGGUGUUUACUGACAAUUUACUGACUGAAUAUUGAACAGUGUAGACCAUGAUCAGGCUGCACAGAUUUGCAGGUUGAUCUUGGCCCGCUCUGGUUGCGAAGGCAAAAUCGCUGGCUGCCAGCAGGCUAAAGGUUAAACAUUGCUUCGUUAUUAGCUCAUCUGAUUUUUUGAAAAAAAAUGAUGAGUUAUUGUCAUCACUUGAGCGGUUGUCGGCGUCUGCGUCGGCGUUGCCUGGUUAAGUUUUAUGUUUAGGUCAGCUUUUCUCCUAAACUAUCAAAACUAUUGCUUUGAAACUUGGAAUACUUGUUCACCAUCAUAAGCUGACCCUGUAUAGCAAGAAACAUAACUCCAUCUUGCUUUUUGCAAGAUUUAUGGCCCCUUUUGUACUUAGAAAAUAUCAGAUUUCUUGGUUAAGUUUUAUGUUUAGGUCAACUUUUCUCCUAAACUAUCAAAGCUAUAGCUUUGAAACUUGGAAUACUUGUUCACCAUCAUAAGCAGACCCUGUACAUCAAGAAACAUAACUCCACCUUGCUUUUUGCAAGAAUUAUUGCCCCUUUUGGACUUAGAAAAUCAGUUUUCUUGGUUAACUUUUAUGUUUAGGUCAGCUUUUAUCCUAAACUAUCAAAGCUAUUCCUUUAAAACUUGCAACACUUGUUCACCAUCAUAAGCUGACCCUAUACAGCAAGAAACAUAACUCCAUCCUGCUUUUUGCAAGAUUUAUGGCCCCUUUUGGACUUAGAAAAUAUCACAUUUCUUGGUUAAGUUUUAUGUUUAGGUCAACUUUUUCUCUUAAACUAUCAAAGCUAUUGCUUUAAAACUUGCACCUCCUGUUCACCAUCAUAAGCUGACCCUGUACAGCAAGCAACAUAACUCCAUCCUGCUUUUUGCAAUAAUUAUUGCCCCUUUUGGACUUAGAAAAAUCAUUUUCUUGGUUGAAUAUUAUGUUUAAGUCAACUUUUCUCAUAAACUAUCAAAGCUAUUGCUUUAAAACUUGCAACAGUUUUUCACCAUCAUAAGUGGACACUGUACAUCAAGAAACAUAACUCUAUCCUGCUUUUUGCAAGAGUGAUGGCCCUUUUUAGACUUAGAAAAUCAUGGGUAGGACAAUAUUCCUAUUAUACAAAAAAAAUCAGAUGAUCAUCAGCACCCGCAAGGCGGUGCUCUUGUUUAUAAUCAUGAUACUGAUUGACAGAGGAAAUUUUAUGUUUAAGUGCAAGAUGUAAAAUAUCUUUAACAAUAGAUACAAUAGUUUCACAAAUGGUGUGGUCGAGAUAUGUGUCAAUGAGUGAAAAAUAUUUUGAUCUUACGAGACAAACAAAUAAGGUUUUCUAAUUUUUUUGGUGUGAUUUCAGUGGUUUUUAACCAAAAUUUACCUGUGCAGUGCUACAUGACAUGCAUAAAAUUACUUACUGAAAUAUAGUUUUGAUAAGAAUUUCCAAUUAUACAUUGUGUAUUUAUUUCAUGUUCUUUCACCUUUUGUUAUAAUUUCAUCAUUGAAGUUUAUAAAGAGGAUAUUUGUUUGUUUCAUUCCAAGUGUAAGGUCUGGUGCUCCUGAGGGAAAAACACCUUUUUCUGUAAUGCAUAACAAACUAUUGUUGGUUUUAACUCAUCUGAUUAUCAUCAGAUGACUAUCUAGGCCAAGAACCAUAACUCUGAAAUGCAUUUUGUCAGAAUUAUGGCCAGAUUGAGGUUCUUGGUUAAAAUUUUGGUUUAGGUCAACAUUUUUCCCAGAACUGUAAGAGCUACAGCUUUGAAACUUUGCACACAUGUUAAUCAUCAUUAGAUGAGUAAGUAGACAAAGAACCAUAACUCCAACCUGCAUUUUGUCAGAAUUAUGGCUCUUUUUGUACUUAGAAAAUCUGAACUAUAACUCUUUUCUUACAUAUUGUACAGCACUUGCAGGCAAGCAAUGGCACCCAUAGGCGGUGCUCUUGUUUAAUGUCUUUAAUGAUUUUAAUCAAGUUUUAUCUAUUUUGUAGUUCUAGACCAUAGAGGAGUAUAUUUAAUAUUUUUAUAAAAACAGCAGUUAUACGUACUUCGCUCUAAUAUUUAAAAAAACUCACAGAAAGGAUGUUGAAUUAGGAUAAUCCCAAUGUUUGAAACAUUUUCAAAUAUAAACUAGAUGAUGUUUUUCAUUUUCAAAAAAAUAAAAAACAUUGUAAAGCGUGAAAUAAAAAAGUGCAUUUCAUUCACAAUGUUGAAUGAUGACUGACCUGAAAAUAGCUGCAUAUAUUUUUCUGAUCAUACAGAAUACUGACAUUGCGUGUUUUUCUUAAAUUUCCUUUAACUAUAAGACAGUACUAUUGACAUUAUAACAUCAUUUAUAUUAAAGAACUCUGAGGGUCACCUUGUAGUAGAAACAUUUUACAUUUCUGAAUGUAGCAGACUGAACAUACUUCAGCUCUGACUGGGAGUCAAUCCUAGGACCUCUCACACCUGACUGGGAGUCAAUCCUAGGAGUCAAUCCUAGGACCUCUCACACCUGACUGGGAGUCAAUCCUAGGACCUCUCACACCUGACUGGGAGUCAGCCUAGGACCUCUCACACCUGACUGGGAGUCAAUCCUAGGCCCUCUCACGCCUAAGGCAGACAGUCUGUCAUGUCAUUUUAAAAGCUAGCUCAUACAGCAAGGCAGUAUAAAUGCCUCCUUAUGUUCUGUGCUACUACAAAUAUCUUGAUUUUUUUUUCAUUUAUCAUCAAAUAUAUGUUUUGAUGUGAUAUAUUCCAUUGCAAAUUAAUUUCAGCCAUUUUUGGCACCAUUCUCUUUUUAAAGUCAGUUUUGACUUUGUUUGUGAUUGGACAGUACAUGUAAUAAAAUUUUCAGGAUAUUAUGCAGAAAUUUAGACGUGAACAUUUUUAAAAAUACAAUUUUUUAGCUCAUCUGAUUUUUGGGAAAAAAAAUGAUGAGUUAUUGUCAUCACUUGAGCGGUUGUCGGCGUCUGCGUCGGCGUUGCCUGGUUAAGUUUUAUGUUUAGGUCAGCUUUUCUCCUAAACUAUCAAAGCUAUUGCUUUGAAACUUGGAAUACUUGUUCACCAUCAUAAGCUGACCCUGUAUAGCAGGAAACAUAACUCCAUCUUGCUUUUUGCAAGAUUUAUGGCCCCUUUUGUACUUAGAAAAUAUCAGAUUUCUUGGUUAAGUUUUAUGUUUAGGUCAACUUUUCUCCUAAACUAUCAAAGCUAUUGCUUUGAAACUUGGAAUACUUGUUCACCAUCAUAAGCAGACCCUGUACAUCAAGAAAAAUAACUCCAUCCUGCUUUUUGCAAGAUUUAUGGCCCCUUUUGGACUUAGAAAAUAUCAGAUUUCUUGGUUAAGUUUUAUGUUUAGGUCAACUUUUUCUCUUAAACUAUCAAAGCUAUUGCUUUAAAACUUGCAACUCUUGUUCACCAUCAUAAGCUGACCCUGUGCAGCAAGCAACAUAACUCCAUCCUGCUUUUUGCAAUAAUUAUUGCCCCUUUUGGACUUAGAAAAAUCAUUUUCUUGGUUGAAUUUUAUGUUUAAGUCAACUUUUCUCAUAAACUAUCAAAGCUAUUGCUUUAAAACUUGCAACAGUUUUUCACCAUUAUAUGUGGACACUGUACAUCAAGAAACAUAACUCUAUCCUGCUUUUUGCAAGAGUGAUGGCCCUUUUUAGACUUAGAAAAUCAUGGGUAGGACAAUAUUUCUAUUAUACAAAAAAAAUCAGAUGAGCGUCAGCACCCGCAAGGCGGUGCUCUUGUUAUAAUUGUGAUUUCACCUUAGUUUUACAAUGGUAAAAAUACAUUUUUGACCAUAUACUAGUUAUAAGUAAAGAUGUUUUAAUAACAUAGAAAGAUCCUACUAGCACCCUAAAAGAGCAAUAGAAUGAUGCUAAGUCUAUAUCUGGAUCUUGCAAAGUAAAUUUGCAGAAAAUUGUUACAGAGUUGCUUGAUCAAACAGCAUGGCAUAACUACAUGUGUAUAACGUUUCUACCAUUGUUGGAGAUACAGUUAGUUGUAUGAUGUAUGUGUUGUGAAGGCUGAUUAUUUGAAAGCAUAAUAACAUUCAUAUUUAUUGUUAUUAUAUUUAAUAUAUAAAUUCCAUUUUGAUUUCUGAUAGACUGUACAUAGAAAAUAGCAGCACAAUAGAAUCUAUAUCUAAUAAAAGGUGAAAUGUAUAUAGAAAGUGACUAACUUUCAAUUAAUCUUCCUAAAAUCACAUUUACUUGAAUAAGACCUUUUUGUAUCAUUCGAGUUUGGAAGGAAGAUUUCCUUAGAAUCUGGAUUAAAUAUACAUUUUCAAAAUGACCAAGCAGUCUGUGGAACUCGGGUCAGUGACCUAAGCCAUCAUGGCCCUUUUGUUAUAUAAGGGAGCUUAUUUUCAUCUGCUAUUCAAGGGUGAACCAAAACUGUCGUAACUUACUGGAUUUAAAUUUAACCCGGGAGUUGUAAACAAUUAUUCCACAUACCGGUACACACUUUUUGUUUGACCAUUGUUAGAACAUUAGAUUUAUAAACUAUGAGAUUAUUAAACAAAUAUUUGAAUUAUAAAUACUUCGUAUUUUUUGUUUAACAUGAUUUGAAUAUCAUCGCCAUUUGUUGAUGAACAUACUGAUUACAUGUAUAUUAAUGGAGUAAAAGGAAAAUAAAGAACAAAAAAACUUUU